GCCUGCAUUAUCCCCGAAGACCCUUAAAUGUCUAAAAAUAUUGCAUGGUCGAGAAGCCUUUAAAUCUUGGUAUCCUGAAAAAAAAACAUGAAAUUACUAAUUUCCAUCCCUGAUGUUUAAUUGUGACCGACAGGAUAGAAGGUGGUUGUUUCUGUUUUCUCUGUGUUUACAACCUGAAAAUUACGUACAACGUUAUCAUCUGCUAAUUUCACAAACCUCAAAACAAAACAAAAACGAAAAGAUCAAGAAAAAGAAUCAAACAAUUCCGUUCCUUAUCUAUUAGCAAUUAGCUACAAAAAUGAAAUCAGUACAACUUGUUGCCUCUUCAAUCAAGGAGGAUGAGUUGCCAUCGGAAUUUAUCAGGCCGGAGAACGAGCAACCCCGUUUAACCACGUUCCAGGCGCAGCAUGUGCAGGUGCCGGUGUUGGAUUUUGGCACCGGAGAGACAGAGAAGCUUGUGGAAUUGGUGGUUGAUGCAAGCAGGAAGUGGGGGUUGUUCCAGAUUGUGAACCAUGGGAUCCCAAAUGAGGUGAUAGGUAAUUUGCAAAAUGCUGGGAAGCAGUUCUUCGACCUGCCGCAGAAAGAGAAAGAGAGGUAUGCAAAGGAUCCAGAGAGCAAGUGUAUUGAGGGAUAUGGGUGCAGGCUCAAGAAUGGUUGGGUUGAUCACUUGUUCAACAAGAUAUGGCCCCCCUCCGCCAUUGAUUAUCGCUUCUGGCCUACAAAUCCACCUCAAUAUAGGAGCGCUGCAGAAGAGUAUGCAAAACAUCUACACGAAGUAGUGAACAAGCUGUUGAGAUGCCUGUCAGUGGGAGUGGGGCUGGCAGCGGAGGAUCUGAAGACGGCCAUAGGAGGGGAGGAGUUGAACUACAACAUGAAGAUAAACUACUAUCCGCCGUGCCCCCGCCCGGACUUGGCUCUCGGGGUUCCUGCCCACACUGACCUCUGCGCCAUCACUAUCUUAGUACCAAACGAAGUUCAGGGACUCCAAGUCUUUCAAGAUGAAAAUUGGUACGAUGUUGCCUAUAUUCCUAAUGCCCUAAUCAUCCACAUAGGGGACCAAAUUGAGAUACUGAGCAAUGGGAAAUACAAGGCGGUGUUUCACAGGUCAGUAGUGAACAAGGAGAAGACGAGGAUGUCUUGGCCGGUGUUCAUGGAGCCACCACCACAUCUUGAAAUCGGCCCACAUCCUAACCUUAUUUCUGAACAAAAUCCACCCAAAUAUAAGACCAAGAAAUUCAGUGAUUAUGUUUAUUGCAAGCUCAACAAUCUUCCCCAGUGA